AUGUCCGACGCUUCCAGCCAAGAAGCUUCUGAAGAGUCGACCGAUGAGAGCUCAUUCAUUGACGGACGCAUUUUCAACAUCCACCGCACGCGUGACAUUUUCAACAGCGUCCCCCUCAUGCGUGACAGCAUCGUCAAACUGCUCGUCCGUCAGCUGGUCGUACGAGGGCGAAGCGCCAACAACGUCGUCGAGUACAGCUUCAUCGAGCGCCUCCUCCGGGGUCACGACGACGAUUGGCUGCGGAGAAAAUGGUUCCGACGCGUUAGCGUAUGGGCCAAGCAGCAGCCGGAUGGGAGCGAGAAGACCGUGAUCCACAUCGACGGCCAGCGAUAUAAUGACGACCUGACGGCCUUCCUCAUCAACCGAGCCACCACCGUGUACACGAUCAGGCUCGACAGGACCAUCACAGAAUUGCCCGCGUUCGUCACGCGGUUUCCGAAAUGCCACGAAUUCGAUUUUUACCUAGAUGAAGACGUUGAAGAUCCGACGUGGCCCGGCCUCGUCGAUUUUUUGAAGCGACAGCGCAUGGCCAAUCUGACGAUCAACAGCCCAUGUCUGCGUGCUGAACCCCUCUGGGCUGAUGUCCUUCGAAGCGGCGGAUGGACGAAUAAACGUCUGGCCGGCUGGAAAUCUGUCACAAUUCACAACGUUAUCGCCGAUGAUUUGCGCCUGCUCACCCGAUUCAACGGAACUACCCUCCGCAUCAUCUGGUGCCCUCAUAACCCGCCCGACGAAAAUCUUGUCCUUUGGGACUACAUUAACAAUAUGGCCGAUCGACGCCUCGAAAUUGGGCAAGGAAUUACGGUACAUUUCAACCAAGGGGCGAUGCCCAAUAUGUCGAGCCCAACCAUCCUUUUCGCCGGGAAGACGUUGAGCGCAGAAGGAAGGGGUUACUCGUUGCGAUAUGUGCUGCGAGACGGAACCUUGCCCUACACAAUCAUAGCUCAAUACGACACCCUGCGCCUGAGAAGCCUUAUGAAAUUAACGACAUGCACGACGUCGGCAAAUUCAAGUCGAAAGGAAAAGCUGAUUUAUGGCCCUGUCGAUGCUCUUUUUCCUCUUUCUGGUCUUUGU